ACCGGCGUAAGAUGGGGAGGCCAUCGGCGUAAGAUGGGAGCGGAUCGAAGAGGCAAAUUGAACGAGAUCCUUCGACUGCACGCUUCCCUUUCUUAUGAUAAUUCGAAGUCAAAGAGAAAGAGAAAGAGAUGGCCAUGGCAGGCAGAUAGAUCGAAUUUCCUGGCCCUCUCCUCCCUCCUGCUUACUCUCUUUUGAAGCAAUUCGAUCGGGAAUAGAGGGAGACUUCUCUCUUCAUGAAGCGUCGGAGAUCGUCGGCGCACGAGGAACGCUUGGAGGACUGUGCAAGCGAGAAAUUGAGAUGGGAGGACUUUCCGAGGAGGGGUCGCCAGCCGGACCGCUCCUCCUCCCACCGGCGCCUGUCCUACUCGAGGCCGGACGGCGCCUGGAAGCCCGGGGAGUUUUCAUACGAUCAGGGAUACGAUGAGGAGCCGGCGCUCCGUAGGCGGUAUGGCCACGACUCGGAGCACUUCGACCGUCGGAAAGGCUACGAUCGACACGGCGAUCGGCAGAUGCUGGCCUUGUCGACGCGGGGCUCGUACGGAAGCGAGCGGAUGCACCGAACGGAGAGCUUCUCGGGGAUAAGGAGGGAGUUUCCCAAGGGCUCCAGGUCGGACCGGGACCGGCCGAGGGGAGAGGGCUGUGGGAGCUGGUCGUCUUGGAGGUCGAGAAGUUCCAAGGACCUCUCUGGCCAGGAGGUGCGGAAAUCUCCGUCGAUCUAUUCAGAUUUGGCUGGGAGACGGAGCCAUGCCGCGCCUUCUGAUGAUCACAGAAAGAAAGUGAAUUCUAGGGACUCCUCCAGAGUGGAACAGUGGAGGAAAGAAGAGACGAGGGCAGGAAAGCGGAGCAGAGAGAUUGGUAGCGAGAUGGAAGAGGGCGAGCUCGAACCAGAAGCAGGGAACGUAGAGCCACCAUCUAUUGGUAGCAAGUUAGCUGCUAUGUUGGGUUCUGAUUACUGCGAGAACAGAGAUUCAGUGAACAAUAGUACACAUGGAGAAGUUUCGCGGAAACAAGAAGUACUAUCUGAAGCAAUGAGGUUGGAUGCUGAUGAUAAUGUUGUUAUUGGUGAAGGAAAAGAAGGAAAAUUGGCAAAUUCCCUAAUCUAUGAUGGUAAUGCAACUGCUGAGGUAAAUGAUGAUCAGUCUGAUGUUGUUAAGAAGAUGGCUGAGGAUAGAUGGGAUGGAGAAGGAAGUGCCGAAGAUGCUAAUGAGGAUAAAGGAAUAGAGGGUGAGUUGUGCAGGACAAAUCCAGAGGUCUGUAACGAAGGAAGCUUAUGUUUACAGUUGGAAGAUGAGGAUUUGGUACACAAUCACCGGGAGCAGGCUGUUGACGAAGAAGCUCGUGCGAUGGCAUCUCCUACUCACCACAUUCAGGAAGAAAAUUCAGAAGUCAACAAAGAAGAAAACAAAUAUGAUGAAGCUAAAGUUGAUGUCAUGCAGAAGCAUGAGAUGGUAUGUUCUAUUUCCCCAUUGCAGGAGGAGAAGCCAAUGGAAGAAGCCCAAUGCAAUGCUGCUACACUUGAAAUCAUUGAAAAUGCAGGUAAAGUUGAAACCAAAAUUGUGCAUGCGACAGAUAAUGGACAAGAUAGGGGAGCUGAAGCUGUAAUUCAAACGAAGCAUGAUACAGGCACACAGCUUGAGGUCAUAGAAAAAGAACAAUCCUUUUUUGAUCUGGAGACUCAUCCUAAUGAUUCUGUUAUCCAUAAUGAUGACAAGUUAGUGAUAUUGAUGCUUAGCAGGGACCAGUCUUCAGAGAUGCACCUGGACAAAGACAAAAACCUUGCAAUUUCUCACUCAACUAAAGCUGAUAUUUUGAAUAAUGGUGAUUCCCUUGAAGGUCCUAGAAGAAGGGGUUUGGAGUUGGUCUUCCCAUCCAAGCCGAACCAGGAGGAGAAUUCACAUUCUAGCAGUAAGGACGCUGGCAAUAUUGCAGUUAAAGAGCUCAAAAGUGAGCCUCUGGACCUUUCUCUUUCUCUUCCUGGUGGAUUUUCAUAUCAUUCCAAGCCAAAGCAUGAGAACUCAAGCUGUGCUGAGGGCAUAAAGUCAUUGUCAUCCGCAUUGAGAACGAAGUCAGAUGAAUUUGGAACUUCAAUCUCAUUUGCAAGCUCCCAAACUGUUCUCCAUGAUCCCAGUUGUGUUACUCAGAAUUCACCAUUCCUUCAAGACAAUUCAGUUGGUAGCCAUGCUACCUCUGGAGGGGUGAAUCAAAUUUUAAGUAGGACAACAUUGCAAGCUCACACUUCAAGGAACAUUAAGAAGAAUAGAUCUGGCCCACCUUUCCAUAGUGUACAGAUGAAUGUAAACUCUUCACAUACUUCAUUUCUUUCAAUGAGUGAUCCACAUAGCUUUAAGCCUAAUAGCCUAUUCCGACCAUCAAGCCUUCCACGACAAACCUCCCCAACAAACAGCCAUGAUUCUCAUGAUUCUAGAUCUCAACCUACCAAGGAGAUCGGUCAAGUAGCUGUGGAGAGAAGCAGUGGUACUAAUCAAUGGAAUGGUGAACAGCUCUUACUUAAUGGAUUAAGUGCCACCGAGAAGAUUGUCUACAAGAUUGUGUCUCAACCUUUGUAUCUGAAUGGUAGAAUGCUUCAAGAAAUGUCAGAACAUUCAGUAGCCUACUUGAAGGAAAGUAUUUGUGAGAUGCUGACUAACGAAGAUAAAACCAGCCUGCUGCAUUUAUUCCAGGAGGCACUUCAAAGGUCUGACAUGAUCAUCGAAACGCUGAGAGAUUGCCCACAAGUCCUUCUAGAAAUCCUGGUGACCAUAAAAACAGGUUGUAUUGAUUUUAUUCAGAAAACAAAUAGCUUGCCAUCCUGUAGUUUGAUUGAGAUCUUCCUGAAUUUGAAAUGCCAGAAUCUUUCUUGUGGGAGUUUGUUGCCCGUGGAUAAUUGCGACUGCAAGAUGUGCAUAAAGAAAGUUGGAUUCUGCAGUGCUUGCAUGUGUCUUGUGUGUUCCAAGUUUGACAAUGCAUCAAAUACAUGUAGUUGGGUUGGUUGCGACAUGUGUCUCCAUUGGUGCCAUACAGAUUGUGCAUUGCGUGAUUUUCAUAUUAGAAAUGGGCAUAUAUCUCUAGGAGAAGGAUUUUCUGAAAUGCAGUUUCAUUGUUUUGCUUGUGGCCAUCCUUCGGAGAUGUUUGGCUUUGUUAAGGAAGUUUUUGUUACAUGUGCCAAGGAUUGGAAAGCAGAAACCCUAACUAAGGAACUGCAAUAUGUCAGCAGGAUCUUCUCUGCCAGUAAUGAUGCUCGGGAUAGAAGAUUACAUGAGUUAGCUGAUCAGAUGCUGCUGAAUCUGGAGAACAACGUCAAUCAUUCUGAAGUUCUUAGUCAGGUCAUGGCAUUUCUUUCAGAGAGUGGAUUUAGCAUCAAAAACAAUCCUUUACUCUUUACACCUACUAAAGCCAAAAAUGAGGCUAUCCAAAACAAUGCUAGAUCUUGCCCAGAGCGAUUGCAAUCUUUCAUGUUGGAAAACGCCUGUGUUUUUGAAAAUACAGGUCCUAUAUCUAUCACAGAAUUUGACCAGACUGGUAGGAAAGCUGGUGAAACAGCAGUGAGUCUAAAAAAGGCGCUGGCAGUUGAUGAACUGGAGAGGAUCAUAAAGUUCAAAGAAGCUGAGGCCAAAAUGUACCAACAGCAUGCUGAUGAUGCAAGGAAUGAAGCCGUGAGUCUAAGACACAUUGUAAUGGCUAGGAGUUUGAAAAUUGAUGAAGACUAUGCAAAUCAAAUUGAAAAAUUACGACUAGGCGAGUCAGAGGAAAGACGUAGAGAAAAGCUUAACCAACUACAAGCUACUGAAAAGACUCAUCAGGAAUAUUGCAAUAUGAAGAUGCGGAUGGAAGCUGGUAUGAAAAAUUUAUUGCUGAAAAUGGAAGCAACAAGACAGAACCUGAAUGUAUAACCAGGAUCCCAAGAUCAAGAGCGUUUUCUUUUUUGGAAUUUGCAGCUAUCGUUCAACCAAACUUGUAAGAAUGGCACAUGUUGGUUAUAGGAACUUCUCUUUCUAAUUUCUUUCAUAUCAUUUUUUUCCCCUCUUAAUUAUCUAUGCAUAUUUUGUAAGACUAUCUACUAAAAGUUUUUUUUUUUAAAAAAAACAAAACAGCAGUCUAAAUUUGCCCAUUUU